CGGGAGGCCGAUGCAAAACACGCCUAUUGACGCACUCACGCCUUAUUGACGCACUCUGCAGUGUAAAAACCACCAUGGCGCUGUGCAAGAGAGGGGUCCAAUGCUGUGUUACAACGAUAAUACGAUGCAGUUAUCCAUUUCAAGGGAUCUCAACCGUGUCGACAUACACUCCAAUAUUAGCCUACUCAAGAUUAAGUGUAUUAUCCUGCAGGCACUACUCGUUAUCUCAGGGCAGACUAGGCAUAUUUCAGAGAGCCAGUGAGAGGUAUGAGAAAUUCCUUGAACAUCGAUUCCCCCGCCUCUACAUCCUUUAUACCACCUUUGUGAAAGGAUUUCGGCUCAUGGUACACGAUGUGAGGGAAACGAAGAGGAUAAGGAUGAAAAUGCUCACUCAAGAUGUUUCACUCAAAGAACUGCCCUACCGUGAGAUGGAGACCAUCAUUCUGUUUCGCAAAGACAUGAUAAAAGCCAUUCCCCUGGUGAUAAUAUCUAUCCCGCCUUUUGCCAUCAUUUUGGUUUUCACUCUUAUGUGCCUGUUCCCUAGGCAGCUCCUGAUUCGUCACCUGUGGACUCCGCAGCAGCAGCAGGACUUCCAGAGAUUGUACCACGAGCAGAGAUGCCGACACCGUGAGAACAUCCUGAAGGGUGUGGCCUGGUCAAUACCUCACAUCAAAGAGUGGACCCUCCGCAGCCAUCUGCUUACUCUUAUCAGCAAGGUGCAGAGUGGGGCUCACCCCAGUGUGAAAGACAUCAGUGCAGCGAGAGGCGUGUUUUCCGGACAACCACUGGGAUUAACAGGCAUGGACUCUGGUCACAUGAGGCUGCUGUGCUCCCACCUCUUGCUGAACCCCUGGCUCCCUGGGUUCCUGCUCCGGCGACGGCUGAGGGCCAAAGCCCUGGACCUGCUUUACUUGGAUCAGGCUCUAGACACACUGGGACAGGGCCAACUCACUGACGCAGAGAUUAGAGAGGCCUGCUAUCUGCGGGGUCUCAAUCCCAGUAGCCUCACCACUAGCCAGUGUCGAGAGUGGCUCCUCCAGUGGCUUCAGCUGUCUACCCAGCUCACAGAAUCAGAGACAUCUCUUCUGCUGCACAACAUGGUCCUGCUCUCAGUAAACUAUCCCAGCUCCUGACCAGAGGAACAAAAGCAUGCAGCGGCAACCAGACUUCAUUAUAUUUAUUAAUUUGCUCUCAGGCAAGAAAGUCUAAUGGAACAGCGACAAUUGUUUUCUUGGGAUAGAAAGGGAAAGAAUGAUCCAAACUGGUCAAUUGUUACCAUGUGGAGAAUCAAUGAUUCAGUGCAUGGAUGACAUUGACUUUUACUGUGUUGUAUGUCUUAAUUCAUUCCAGUCAAUUGAUGUCACACAUUUGGUUGCAAUCACACGUGUACGUACACACACACACACAACAAUAGACGUCACGCAUAUGUCUUGUGGAAUGAAUUGGAAAGAGAUGCACUGGAUAAUGUGACUCAAAAGAAGGAGCUCGCACACACUCAAACUUUUAUUUGGCAUGCAAACAUUUCAGUCUACCAACUGGUGUUCAGCAUAGAAGUGGGUUCCCAAAUAUGCCAAUGCUGUACCUUGCUCUUCCAAAAUGUAUAAAUGUCCUGUUGUGGGGCUGUAUAUUGAUACUUUCAAGGAGAUAGUAUGGGACAUUUUUAUGUGUGGUGUUAAUGUAAGUGUUCCUUUUAGGUAACUUCUUGACUUGGUAAGUAUGGUGCAUUGUAAAAUGAUAGUCUGUCAGGUCAGAACACCAGUCUGUAAGGCGCAUACUUAUAUAGGCCUACCAUAAUAAAUUUGAGACAUUUGUUAAAUUUUUUAUCUGAAUUUAUUUGUAACAAGCAUACCACUGGAAACCAUAUUGCAACCAAAAGAUGCGGGUGCAUAUUUAGUUUCACCUAAUAUAAGGUACAUCUAAUAAAAAAAUAAGCACAGUGUUCAUGUGUAUGACACUA